AUGGCGACGCCAAAAAGAAUAGCAGUUGUCGGGGUCGGUCUCAUCGGUCCAAGACACGCAGAAACAGUUGUAGCAAGCCCGAAUGCUCUGCUAGCAGCAAUUGUUGAUCCCAUGCCGGCAGGCAAGGCUCUCGCUGCCAGACUCGAUGUACCAUAUUAUCAGAGCGUCACUGAACUGCUCAACUCAGUCGACAAGCCCGAUGGUGCGAUAAUCUGCACUCCCAAUCACAUCCAUGUACCUGUAGGCCUAGAUUUGGCUCGCGCAGGUGUCAAUAUUCUCGUCGAAAAGCCAAUCAGUAUAGAUAUCGAAAGCGGCCGAGAACUCAUUCGCACGGCCGCCGAGGCGGGAGUGCGAGUGCUGGUGGGGCAUCACCGUCGAUUUAACUCCUACAUUUUAGCUGCUAAAACCACCAUUGUCAGUGGAAGACUUGGAGACUUGAUUGCAGUGAAUGGUAUAUGGUCCACGUAUAAGCCGCUGGAAUACUUUGAUCCGCCGGCAGAAUGGAGGAGAACGACGACCGGCGGAGUUAUACUCAUCAACAUGAUUCACGAGAUCGAUCUGAUGCAUUAUCUUCUUGGCCCAAUCACACGAGUUUAUGCGGAACCAAUACCCCCAAAGAGAGGGUUCGAAGCUGACGAGGGCGCUGCCAUCACACUGAAGUUCGAGUCCGGUGCCGUGGGUUCCUUCCUGCUUGCCGAUAAUACACCUUCGCCGCAUAAUUUCGAGGCUGGGACGGGCGAGAACCCUCUAAUACCUAAGGCUGGGAAGGAUUUCUACCGUAUCUUCGGCUCCAACGCGACCUUAAGUGUGCCAGACAUGAGCAUAUGGUCCUAUGAGAGCGACACGACCAAGUCCUGGCAUUCUCGAAUGUCCAGUGAGCAGAUUGAUGUCAAUGCCAAAACACCGUUUGAGUCACAGCUUGAACACUUUGUCGCAGUCAUAAAGGGCACAGAAGAGCCAAGUUGUAGCGGAGUUGACGGACUGGCUGCUCUGAUGGUGUGCAAUGCACUUAAGCAAUCACUUGAGACCGGAGAGCCAGUCAUGGUAAAUAGACCUUGA